UAUAAAGGAGCGCCGCUUUCUCUCAGUGCCAGCUCUCCGGCUUUGCCAUCCCAGAUAACUGCAGGCACGGGACUCCCCUGAGAAACGGGAUGAGAAGGCGGGAGGUGGAGAGAGGCUUCCAGGUGACUUUUCCCUCCCUGGCUGCACUCGGUCACGGAGCUCUAAGAGACUGAGGAAGAGCCACCUGCUUCCUCCUCCGCCGCCGCUCCUCUCCGGGCUGUAGCUCCGCUCGCUGCCCCGUUAAUCAGAUUAGAGCGUCUUCGCAGCCUCCCUCACCCGCUCUUCCCUCGCAAGUGCCUGUCUCCCCUGAGAGGUGUCUCUCAUUUCUGCCUCUCUCUCUCCCCUCCCCUUUCCACUGAUCGCCGUGCAAUCCUCGUCAGCUCUGGGCAUCUCUCCCUCUCUCUUCCUCCCUUCCCUGCUGGGUGUCUCUACCUCCUCUCGGCUCUGUGCAUCACUCCAUCCGUCCUCCCUCUCCCUCUCCGCGCUGGCGUGUGUGCGCGCAUCUCUCUCCUCCCGGCGGCUACCACCCUCCGCCUCACAGGCGCAGCGCUGCCCGGAGGAACCGCCGCCGCUACCGGGAGCGGGGCCGCCCCGCGCCCCCGCCGCCGCCGCCGCCGCCGGUCCCGCCUCGGCCCUCGCCCGUCCCCCGCCCGCCGCGGCACCAUGUCCGGCUCCGGCAGGAAAGACUUCGACGUGAAGCACAUCCUGCGCCUCCGCUGGAAACUGUUCAGCCACCCCUCGCCGGCGGGCGGCCCGGCGGGGGGCGGCUGCCUGCCGCCCGACAGCAGCUUCGAGCACUGGGGGCCCAGCCAGAGCCGCCUGCUGAAGAGCCAGGAGAGAGGCAACAGCGCCUUCUGGAAGAAAUCCGCCUCCUCCGCCUCCUCCUCCUCGGCCACCACGGCCAGCCCGCCCAACGGGACGCUGCUGCCUGCCGGCGGCCGGCCGGGCGGGGGGCACGGGCUGGGGCACGGCCAUGGGCCGGGGCCGCCGCCGCCGCCGCCGCCGCCGCGCACCGUCUUCUACGUGGAGUCCCUGGAGGAGGAGGAGGAGGAGGCGGAGGCGGCGCCCGGCGGGAUGGAGGUGGCCCGGGAGCCCCAGAAGCCCUCGGCGCCGCUGGAGCGGGAGGAGGCGCCGGGGGGCUGCGCGGAUGGCGGCGGCCGGGCAACAGGUGACGGAGGCGGGCGCAGACUGUCAGGAGCCAGCCACCCCUUGCCACCCCACUGCGACAUGGAUUCAUGUAGCUCCGAGGAAUUCUACCAGGCUGUUCACCAUGCAGAGCAAACCUUCAGAAAGAUGGAGAGCUACCUGAAGCAACAGCAGCUCUGUGACGUUAUCCUGAUUGCUGGGAAUCGCAAGAUACCUGCACAUAGACUUGUCCUCAGUUCUGUCUCUGACUACUUUGCUGCCAUGUUUACAAGUGAUGUUUGUGAAGCCAAGCAAGAAGAGAUCAAAAUGGAAGGCAUAGACCCCAAUGCACUGUGGGAUCUUGUUCAGUUUGCAUAUACAGGCUGCCUGGAAUUGAAAGAAGACACUAUUGAAAAUCUUCUAGCAGCUGCCUGCCUCCUCCAGCUCCCACAAGUAGUAGAGGUUUGCUGCCAUUUUCUAAUGAAGCUUUUGCACCCAUCCAACUGUUUGGGAAUACGAGCAUUUGCUGAUGCACAAGGAUGCACGGAGCUUAUGAAGGUGGCUCACAACUACACCAUGGAGAAUAUAAUGGAAGUUAUAAGAAAUCAAGAAUUUUUACUUCUACCAGCUGAAGAACUCCAUAAACUUCUUGCUAGUGAUGAUGUGAAUGUUCCUGAUGAAGAAACCAUUUUCCAUGCCUUAAUGAUGUGGGUGAAAUACGAUAUGCAGAGGCGAUGCAAUGACCUAAGUAUGCUACUUGCUUAUAUCAGAUUACCACUGCUUCCACCUCAGAUAUUGGCUGACCUAGAAAACCAUGCACUUUUUAAGGAUGACCUAGAAUGCCAGAAGCUUAUUCUGGAAGCCAUGAAAUACCAUCUUUUACCAGAGAGAAGAACUCUCAUGCAAAGUCCAAGAACUAAGCCUAGAAAAUCUACAGUUGGGACACUUUAUGCUGUUGGAGGAAUGGAUAACAACAAAGGUGCCACAACUAUUGAGAAGUAUGAUCUCAGAACAAAUAUAUGGAUUCAGGCUGGAGUAAUGAAUGGCAGAAGGCUUCAGUUUGGUGUUGCUGUCAUCGACGACAAGCUGUUUGUUAUUGGAGGCCGGGAUGGUUUAAAGACAUUAAACACCGUUGAAUGUUACAAUCCAAAGACCAAGUCUUGGACUGUGUUACCACCGAUGUCAACACAUAGGCAUGGCUUAGGAGUUACAGUGCUUGAAGGGCCUAUUUAUGCAGUGGGAGGACAUGAUGGUUGGAGUUAUUUGAAUACAGUUGAGAGGUGGGACCCUCAAAGUCAGCAGUGGACCUUUGUGGCAAGUAUGUCAAUUGCCAGAAGCACUGUUGGAGUAGCAGCAUUAAAUGGCAAGUUAUAUUCAGUUGGAGGCCGGGAUGGAAGUUCAUGUUUGAGUUCAAUGGAAUAUUAUGAUCCUCACACAAAUAAAUGGAAUAUGUGUGCUCCUAUGUGUAAGAGAAGAGGAGGUGUAGGAGUCGCUACAUGUGAUGGCUUUCUUUAUGCGGUUGGAGGCCAUGAUGCUCCUGCUUCUAACCAUUGUUCCCGACUACUGGACUAUGUAGAAAGGUAUGAUCCAAAAACUGAUACAUGGACAAUGGUGUCUCCACUGAGUAUGCCCCGAGAUGCUGUUGGUGUCUGUCUCCUUGGUGACAAAUUAUAUGCAGUAGGUGGCUAUGAUGGUCAAACAUACCUGAACACUAUGGAAGCAUAUGACCCUCAAACUAAUGAAUGGACACAGAUGGCUUCCCUAAAUAUUGGAAGAGCUGGUGCCUGUGUUGUAGUCAUCAAACAACCAUGACUUUGUCAGCACUGCUGAGGAUUUUACUGACUGUGAAAUGAUUAUUUUUCUAUCAGACAGUGAGAAUGAUAACUUCACGAGAACAAGGAUUUACACAGUGAAUACUCUGUUGGACACGAACUUGAAGAAGUUUGGAACUGAGAAAAAUUAAGUAUUUAUGCCCUAUAAAAUCAUAAAAACUGUUCACAGUCAGUGAACAAGAAAAAAAAUCAAGCUGUUGUAGGCAUAAAUAUGUGAACAUGGAGUAGUAAGUUCAGGUACUGUUCUUGUGAAUGUGUCCUGGAGAACUGGAUAAUCAAGGGCCAGCUCUACACAUGGAGCGAGAGGAAAUAUAAGAACAGUUUUCAUGGCCACAAGGGUUUUAACUAAAGAAACAUUAAAGUACAUUUAAUCAUUUUCAAACUGUGUUUUUUAAAAGAGAAAAGUAGAUAGUAAUAUAGAAUUUUUAUGUUCAGGUCUUGUCUUCAAAUGGGUUAUGGCCUCAUUUAAACAGGCAGUUUUAUUCUUACUGAAGGGAAGAGAUAGAAAAGUCUGGAUAUUCAAGUUUCAUUCAUAAUGACUGAGCUGUUGCUUUACGGUAGAAAGAAAUACAAAACUAAAAGCA